AUGGCUCCUACCAAGCCCGACGGUCUGUCCCACAUUCUGCAGAAGGCAGCCUCAGAGCUGGGAACCAAGUACGGCCUGGACGUGACCGACAUUCUCAGUAUUGCGAACGACUUCGACAAUGCAGGAAUCCAAGUCGUACCCAACAAGGAAUUGGACGCUAAGUACGGGUUCGGUGGGGUUGACAUCCCUUACCCUGCUGACAUUCAAGUCGUACCCUACGAGGAGUUGGUUGCCAAGUAUGGCAUCGGUGGUGUUGGUAUCCCUGACUUUGCGAAGGAGAAGAAGCAUGCCGCUGUGGGCAUCCAAGUCAUACCCUUCUCCGACCUCGUCAAACUCCUGGCCAACCUUGACAAGGCGGUCCCUGAGUGGUUGACAAGUUCUGAAGCUCAUCUCCGGAACUACCAGGAAAAGGAAACACAAUACAUCCUCGUGCUGCUUGAGACCCGUCACUGGUUCGCCGCCCUGAACCGCAACCUCGAGGCAUUCUCACCCUGGAAAGCUGUGUUUGAUACCCGUUUUCCUCGACACACCCAUCGCGGUUUGCUGAAGGAUGAAGAUCUGCAGGGUCGGUACGUCUUCAAAGGCUGCAGCUUCUCCGAGCACGUUGAAGGCUUGGAGCGCGUGGUUCUGAACAACGACAAGCAGACAGAGGACUACAACACCUUGAAGAAGACUUACUUCCCCAACGGUAUUGAUGAUGCAAUUUCGGCCUUCGUCAAACAUUGCGCCUCGCUCCAGCAUCAGCGUGGCAAGCUCGACCGUCGCUGCCGUUUCUUGGAGAAGAAGAAUGUUGCUGUUCGGAGCAGCCUCAUUAUCCGAUCGAACGUGCUUAUCAGAAGCUGUGACAAUCGGCUGCGGUUUAUGCUGGCUUCAGCCCUCAACUGGAAUCUGCGUGGCAAGGAGUUUCGGCAGCGCGCACAGCUGCCUGGCAACCCGCACGGCCUGAAAUACGGAGACAACGUACGCGUCAGAUACGAGACGAACACAAUGGAGAUUCGUUACAGUCCCGACGAUGUGAUGGUCCAUGCAUGGGGCGUCGGCUGGGUACCGCGUGGUGGACAGGAUAACAAUCCGAUCCGCUGGCUUCCUGGCAGUCCUUGGAUCGACUGGUUAAGGAACCACAAUCAGGAACGAUAUGGCGUCGCUCGCUACCUUGAAGCCAUCGAUCAAGGCAAGGCCCCGCCUUCUCAGUCUCCCGGCCCGCUGAAGCUGAAGCUGCCGCAAUCUCUGAUAUCCUUGUACACACACUUUGGCCGGUUGUACCUUGAUGCUUCGGAGAAGCUCAACGAGGUCGCAGGAAUUCCUGGCCCCCAGAAGACGAAGACCGAGUUGAAUGAGCAAGCCGCGAUGCUCUCUUCUGCGACUGGCGAGCCCUACUGGCGAGUGCGUGAGUUUCAGACUGAUGAUACACAUGCGGAUUUGAUUCCCCCCAUCCUGCCGACCUUCGAGCGCCUUAUGAUGGACGGUAUGCUGAAUAUCCGUUUCGACCGCCUCUCAGCGAUUCUGAUGGAGCUCCGCAAGGGACAGGAUACCCCCUUCAGAGGCGUCGUCCCGUACAUCGAGCUGGACGCGACCGUUCCCGGUGUCAACGUCGUCCAGCCAGGCAUUCCUCCCAAUGCUGAGGACGAUGGGUUCGAGGACGCAGUCUUCACCAACCCGGAAUCUGAUGACGCUGGAUUCUUGGCCGCAACAUUCGCCGGUUCGGAAGAUGACGACUAG